AUGAGAAUAGAGGGAUAAUUAACACAACCCUUCCUCUUAGUACUGUAAUUAAAGGUGUUGUAUUUUGAUUAAGUUACAAUCUCUUAAGUACUCUUUCUAAUAAGAAAUAGAUUAGAAUUCGUAUUUCAGAAUAGAGGGUAAUCUAUAGAUUUUGAUAUUAUUGAUACAAACUUUUAUUCUGAUCGCACCAAUCCUAUAAAGUUAUAAUGGUCAAGUGAUAACUUCCUCAAAUUUGAUUUGAACAAUGUUAAUAUUUUUGACUUGAUAAUUAAAAAUUCUCUCAUUUUUUCAAUCAUAAGUUCCGAUGAAGGUGAACUUAUUACUUUAAAGAAUUUACAGCUGUCCAAUUGCAUCUUUAACAAUUCAACUUUACUAUAUUUCUCGAAUAUGCGUAGAUUAAUCAGAAUUGAUAGUCUUAUAAUUACUACAUGCUAAUUUUAUAGUUCAUCAAUCAUAACAAUCAAUUUAAACUCCAAUGAAUUUGCAGAUAUAUUUAUAAAUAAUGUAGAAAUUAAGGAUUCUUUCUUUUAAGACUCAAAUUUCCUUAACAGCAAUGGUAAUUCAACUAUUAAUGUUAAUAAAUUUUCACUUACCAAAAGUUCACUUAAUGGUUGUAGGAUGAUUUCUUUCAGUAAAAGCUUCUAUUUUCAUGAUAUAAUAUUGAAGGAGAAUCUUUUAAAAGAUACGUAAUUUUUGGUUUCAUUAGCAACUACAUUUAUGGAUUCAGAAAUUAGGAUAAAUAAUUUUAUCAUUUUAGAAAAUCAAGUUUCAAAUUUCUCUGCUUUUAUUACAGAAGUAAAGUAUGAAAACAAUAAUGUGAAUAUAAAGUUAGAAGAUUUUCUCUUUGAGAACAAUAUUCAAGAUCCUGAAGAUCAUUAUUAGUUUCUUCUUAAAUUGACUUGUUAUACUUUAUAAAUCAAUAAUAUCGAAUUGAAAAACACCUAUGAUGUGAGAUUUUUUUCUAUAUUUGCUACUCCUAUAAUAAGAGUAGAAAACAUGCUAUAUGAGAAUUAGAAUUAAUAAGAAAAAGUUGCAAUCAAGUUUGGUUGUUUGCAAAAUAAUUAAAUAAGUUCACAAUUACUAUUAGUAUCAGGAUUCUCUAACUUAAUUUUUUAAUAAAUUUAGAUUAUAAAUUAAUUUAGCAUAGAUUAAUCUAUUAUCUCUAUUCAAUCUAAUCCUUUGAUUAACUUUAAUGCAAUAGAAUCUAUAGUGAUUAGUCAUGUCACUUUUCUAGGAAAUAUUCUAAUAAAAUAAAAAUUAGGUUUAUAUUAUUCCUUAAUUUAAAUUUACUCUGAAAAAACUCAAAUCUUAUCUAUGAACAAUGUAAAUUUUAAAGAAAAUAUGUUUCAUUAAUACUUAACUGAUCCUUCUGAUAAUUAUGCCAGCCUUAUUCUUAUCAAUUCUGUAUAAGGAAAAAUAAUUAUGACAAAUAUAAUAUGCUCUUCCAAUGCUCUGACUAAUUCAUCCAGUUCAUUCAUUUCCAUCUUUUCAAAUACUAUUACUUUUGAAACCUUCUAAACUUUAAAUCAUAACUACCUUGAGGCUGAAAUAUGGAGCAAAUAUUAUCAAGUGUAAAUUUCAAAUUAAUACACCUAAAACGAAAUUACUUAGAUAAUUAAGAAUGCAUUUAAUAUUGAAACAAUAGGUGGAGCUCUAUAGAUUACAUCUACAUAAUUGAAUUUCGCUAAUGGUUUAUUUAGUAAUAUAAUUGCAGCGAGUAGCUUAAUUUUUAACAUCAAUUUAUAAGGUAAUGGAAUUGUAAUUAUUAAAAAUUGUGAUAUCCCAAAUGCUUAGACUUAAUCUAUUUCAUCAUCUUAGGUAGAUGGAGCAAUUACUAUCAAUGCUAAGGGGAGCUUAUUAGCUGUGGAGAUUGAAAAUCUAACUUUGAAGGAUGUCUAAGAUAAACUAUCAUCUGCGAUUUUUUCAAUUUAUCCAUCCCCUACUAAGAAUGACAUAUUAUUAAACAAGAUAUAUGCUCAGAAUUGCUUUUCUCUUAGUUCGAUUUUGAAAAUGCUGAUUAUGGAUUAAGUGUCAAUUUAGAACUUACAUAUUAGUUAAACUGAUACCGCACUCUUUUUGUACUUACAAUCGAUUGGAACUCUUAAUCCUAUAGAAAUCUAAAAAGUAAUCUCAGAUAAUGCUAUUAUAAAUAUCAUUGGAUGCAAGUUAGAGAUGAAAGGAUUUUAAAUUGAAGGUAUUAUAUUAUCAGGAAUUAUAAAAAUUGUGGAUUAUAAUGAGAUUUUCUUUGCUAAUUCUAAUUUCUAUAAUAUUUCGACAUUUUAUCCAUUAAAUAUACUAGAAUUCUCUUAGAGCAAUCUUUUAGGCGCAAAUUUACUUCUAAAUAAAAUUUCAAUAUUAAAUGUAAAUUCAUUUUCAACCAAGAAAACUUAACUAAAUUACAUAAAUUCAAAUGUUCAAUUAAAUAUUAAUCAAUAUACCUUCAUAAGUAAAGAUGUAACGUAAUCUAAUUCAGAGUAAAUUUCAAUCAAUCAAUUUUUUGAAGAAAUUUUGGCCAAUUCUAAUUAAAAAGGGUCUUUGAUCCAUUUGAAAAGCAUCACAAAUCAAACCUAAUUUUCGCUUAGAAAAAUCUCAGUUAUAAAUAACGACUGUUAGCAUUGUUGGAAUGGUUUAAUAUAUUUCGAAUUGACAGAUAUAAAAGUAAUUAAACUUAAGGAAAUCAAUUGCCUUAUGAAUUUUAUCAAAUCAUAUGGGUGUAUUUUAGCAAUAUCAGAUAGUAGCUUGGAUAAAUAAAUAUAUAUUGAUCAUUCAAUCUUUAUGUCAAACCAUGGAACUAAAGGAACAGGAGUAUAAGUGUAAAACUUAAGAGUUGCUUUGCAAAAUACAAGAAUUAUUAAUAAUAUUGCCGAUGAAAAAGGAGGAGGCAUUUAUUUUAAUUAAAAUUCAUAAAGAUUCUUAUUAAAUUAAACUCUAAUUUGUUAGAAUUAAGCAUAAGAAGGAGGGGGUGUUUAUCUAGAGGGGAACAGCAGUUUGAAUGUGGAAAAUUUCAAAUAAUCAAUCAUUUUAUUUAAUUUUGCUGAUGUAUCAUCCAGCAAUAUCAACGAAUUGCCCUCUCAUUUAGCCUUGUAGAUUAAUUAUCAAGAAAUGCAUUCUUAGAGGCAAUCCUUAAACAAUGAAUCAGUGUAUGUAUUAUAACUAAAUCCUUAUAAAAUCAUAUCCCAAGAUCAUAUGAGAAGAACCAAUUAUUUAACUAUACCUAGUGGCCAAACUCUAAUUAAUUAUCAACUUUAUAAUCCUAAGAUUCAGCAAUACAUAGCUUACUUUAAUGAGAUUUCUAUCAUUUUAAAAAAUAGCAUGAAUGAGUAGUAGACUCUAAACCUUAUCAAUUCCUCAUGUAAUUUAACUUAAUAAUCAUUUGAUGUCAGCACCUAUUCACUUUAAGAAACCACACAUACAUAAGAAAUUGCUUACGAUUCAAUUAUUCAUAAGUUUAACAUUGGAUUAUCUAAGUUCAAUUUUGACCCAUAUACCUAGAAUGAUAAAAUAUAAGAAAUACUAAUCCAAUGCAAAACUGAAUAUUAGGAUAGUGUAUUUUCUUAUAAAAUGAGGGUCAAAAGCUUUUUCUGUCAAUUAGGUGAAUUUUAUGUUUCUGGUGGUUGUUAAACAUGCCAAUCAGAAUAAGGGUUUUACUCUGUUACUUACAAUACUACAAAAUGCUCUAUUUUUGAUAAAACUAAAGUCGAUGCGAUUACUUCAAAUAAAAUUUAACUCAAACCAGGUUAUUGGAGACCUAAUUAUAUCUCAGAUUAUAUUGAACUCUGCUAUAAAAGUACAAGUAAAUGUUUGGGAGGCUGGGCUAUAGGUGAUAAAACUUGCAAUAAGGGACAUCUUGGAGGUUUAUGUGAAGAGUGCGAUAAAUUUAAUCUUAGAGGAGAUGGCCAGUUCUUCAAGAACUAAUAAUAAUUGGAAUGUUAAUAAUGCUAAGAGCUUUUAAAAAGAUUAAUAGCUUUCUUAUUGAUAUCAUUUUGGGCUAUCUUAUCAACUCUCUUAACCAUCAAAAGUAUUGAAAAAUCUAACUAAUUAUUCACUUCACUUAAAUUAAAAUAAAAGUUUGCAGAUAUUCUAUUCAAUUUGAAUCAAGAUCAUGAGAGUAUUUUACUUAAGUUAUUUUUAAAUUAUAUUUGGAUAUUUUCUCUUAUUUUUACUUUUAACAUUCGAUUUUCAUUCUCUUUAGGCUUUUUGAAAUAAUCAAGUGAUACAUCUUAUUUUAUGGCUAAUUAUUUUGAAUGCUUUUUGUCGGAAAUACAUGGUACCGAAUUGAUUUACAGCAGAAUUAUCCUUACUAUAGUAUUAAUAAUAUCUUAAAUUAUAAUAAUCUAUUUAGGAUUCUAACUACUUUCUUUAUUAACAGAUUAUAAAUAUCAAAGCAGAAUUCUCUCUAUAACUAUUCUUUAUCUGUAUAUUUAAAAUUAUGCAUCAGUGAUCAAUUAAUUCUUUUCGAUAUUGGCAGCUAGAACGAUUUCUUAAAUCGACUAUAUCUAAGGGGAUGUGUCCUUACUGUAUGGCACUAAUACUCAUAUUAAAUGGAUAUAUGGAUUUGUAGUGCCUGGGUCUGUGUUGCUAGUAAUAAUAUUACCAUUUUCUAUGUACACUUACCUUUUCUUCAAGAAGGAUAAGCUUAAUAAAAUUAAAUAUAGAAGACACAUUGGGUAUCUAUUUAAUGAGUAUUCUGGAAAAACCUACUUUUGGGAGUGGAUUAAAUUGUGGAAGAAAACAAUUAUUAUAAUUAUUCUAAUUUAUUUUGAAACUGAUAUAUUUCUGAAGGCUACAUUAUUAGGGUUGUGCUUGUUGAUCUAUUAAUUCAUAUCUUAACGAUUCAAGCCAUAUCACCUUCAAAGAUUCAAUCUAUUGGACAUAUAGGCUGGCUAGCUUUGUUCCAGUGCAAUAUUUCUAGCAGCCGUGAAAUAUAUAUGUGAUUAAUAAGACAAUUCAAUAAUUUCAGGUGUCAUUUAAACUAUAAUCAUAUUGAUCAGUUUAGUACUGAGUUUCCCAUUUGUUAGAGACAUCCUAAAAGUCUAUUACAAGAAGUUAAAACCUCAGAUAUUGUCAUCUUUGCUUUCAGUAUUCCUUGCCUCUUAACCUAAUUCUAAAUAUACUAAAUAUUUAUCAAAAAACCUAGAACAUUUAAAAUAGAAGGAAGAGAGAGUUAAAAACAAUUUUUACAAAUUAAGAUAGGCUUUUUUUAAAAAGAAAUACAAAGAAAAUUAUUAGUAAAUUAUUCCUUUAAUAUUAGAUUAAAUAUCAAAUUGA